AUGACUAUGGUGCGGCGCCCUGGGCGUAAUACAAUGCCAACGCCAAUCCCCAAAGUGGAAACUAAUCCUCCUUCUCGAGAAACUGUUCUAAAAAGCGAAGCUGCAAAGCGUUAUUUGGAAGAACAUUUUAUGAAAAUGACACAACAGCGAGAAAUGAGGGAAGAAAGAAUGCAAAGCUUAGUAGAAUCCCUUGAACAAACAGAAUUGACUCAAGAAGAGAAAGACCAAAUCAUUCAAGAGUUCACAAGAGAAGAAUCAGAUUAUACUCGUUUUCAAAGGUCAAAAAUUCGACCGGAAAAUUAUAAUUUCAUAACUCUAAUCGGACGAGGAGGGUUUGCUGAUGUAUGGCUUGUCACAGAUAAGAAAACAGAGCAACCUUAUGCAAUGAAAAUCAUCAGAAAGUCAGACGUUAUUGUUUCCGAUCAAAUUACAGCUACACGUAAUGAAAGAGAUAUUUUAGCAAUUGCUCAUAACCCUUGGAUUGUGCAAUUACAGUGCUCAUUCCAAGAUGACGAACAUUUGUACUUAAUAUUAGAGUUUGUUCAAGGAGGUGACCUAAUGAAUGCCCUUAUUAAAGUCGGAACAUUCGUUCCUAAAGUCGCCCGCUUUUUUACUGCAGAAAUUGUUUUAGCCGUAAAUUCUGUGCACAAACUUGGUUUUAUUCAUUCCGAUCUCAAGCCAGAUAAUAUUUUAAUCGCUUCUACAGGCCAUAUCAAGCUUACAGACUUCGGAAUUGCUUCGGCAUACGGAAAAUCCGACGCCGACUACGAUGAGUUACUCCGCGAGACACAGGACUUAAUGCUUGAUAAUGAUAACCCUAUUGUGCCUUCCCAAACUCAAAGGCAUCAUCACAGAAACUCAAUUAUCGGUACAGUUGAUUAUAUUGCGCCGGAAGUACUCAGAGGCGAUCCUCCCAACGUCAAGAAUGAUUGGUGGUCCCUCGGAGUCAUUCUUUAUGAGAUGCUUUACGGUUUUACCCCAUUUUCAAGUGAUUCCAAAAAUGAAACCGUUUUUAGAAUCAUUAACUGGAAGAAAUCUCUCAGGAUCCCUGCAUCUAAGCCUGUUCCAGUGUCUGCUCUUGAUUUGCUUCGUCAUCUUCUCUGCGAUAUUGAAAAUCGUUACGGAUACGAAGAAAUUAUUCAUCACGCGUUCUUCAACGGCUUCGAUUUCGAGAAUAUACUGCAGAAUAAGACACCUGUGAAGCCUAUUUGCUCUGAUCCGUUGGAUACUGCUCACUUCGACCAUUUCGAUGUGACAAAACUCGAUUUGCGCGCAAAUGGACUACUUACGAAGCUCGCAAACUACGCUUUCCUCGGUUUUACUUACAAACCAAAGCCACAGAGCGCUACUUUGGCAAAAUUAGGUUUUUCCUUCGAAUAA